AAUUCAUCUUCAACUGAUACCCUGUUGGAUUUGUUUAAUUCUGAAAUCGUGAGGAUUGUGGAUAUUGUUGCUCCUUGUCGUUAUGUCAAAUCUACUCAUGUACUAUCUGCCCCUUGGUUUGACUCUGAAUGUCGUUCAUUAAAACGCAAUUGUCGAAAACUGGAACGAUUGUAUAGGAAAAUGAAAAAUGAUAUUAAU